CCAGCGUUUAAAGCACAUUCUGAAAAGUGUCGGAAAGUUGCCUCCACACUUCAGCGCCAGGUCCAAACGGGACGGCUUCGAAUAAAAUAAGAAACUAACGGAUAACUUGGGGACUUUCCCGAGUGCUUCAUUUGUCCUGGACUCACAACUCUGACCAUUUCGCCGAUUUUAAAGCUCUGCCUCCUUUCAUUGUAAAUAGACUCAACAGCAACAUGUCACAACAUUUCAGGAGUGGACCUGCAUUCGGACUUUCUGCCGAGGUCAAGAGUAAGUUGGCAGGGAAGUAUGAUCCUCAUAUGGAGGAGGCUCUUAGGCUCUGGAUCCAGGAUGUGACCAGCAACAAAAUUGGAGAAAACUUCAUGGAGAGUCUGAAAGAUGGAGUCCUGCUCUGCGAACUCAUUAAUGUUCUCCAGCCGGGUUCUGUGAAAAAGAUCAACCGCUCUAGUCAAAACUGGCACCAGUUGGAAAACAUUGGAAAUUUUGUCCGCGCAAUCACAGAAUAUGGCCUGAAACCUCAUGAUAUCUUUGAAGCCAAUGACUUGUUUGAGAAUGUCAACCAUACUCAGGUUCAAUCCACUCUCAUCGCUCUGGCAGGAAUGGCCAAGUCGAAAGGGUUCCACUCAAAGUACGACAUAGGAGUGAAGUAUGCUGAGAAGCAACAGCGUCGUUUUGCUCCAGAGAAGCUCAGGGAGGGACGCAACAUUAUCGGCUUGCAGAUGGGCACCAAUAAACUUGCCAGUCAAAAAGGUAUGACUUCUUACGGUACAAGGCGCCAUCUUUAUGACUCAAGAAUGGGCAUGGACAAUCCAAUGGACCAGUCAACUAUCAGUCUACAGAUGGGUACAAACAAAGGAGCCAACCAGUCUGGUAUGACAGCACCAGGAACAAGAAGACACAUCUUUGACAAGAAGUUGGAGCUGGAGAACUGUGACACCAGCACUAUAUCACUGCAGAUGGGCACCAACAAAGUUGCAUCCCAGCAGGGGAUGACCACCUAUGGGCUCCCCCGUCAGGUCUAUGACAACAAAUACUGCGCCAACCCUUCUGAAACCUACUUCAACAAUGGAAGUGAGGUUGAGUUUGAUGGCUACAACCAGUACUCUGACUAAGAAAACCACAGGCAGCCUCAAAAACCCACCUCCCAACUCUUCUUUGCUAAACCUUAGACAAACAACCAUGACUUUGUGAUGAGCGACCCCCUCUUCCAGACUGUUAUUUAAACACAGAUUUGAUGUCAUUGUCACCGCCAUCCCCCCUCUUUUUCUUAACAUUUUUACUCUUGGGAAAUGUUUCUCUUUCCAUGAGUAAAACAGUAGUGUUUAGUUUACAUCCUAACUUUCAUCUUGUGGCCAACCUCUGUAUUUAAUCACUGCUAGAGUGACCCUGUCACUCAAGAGGCUAAUAUUUAAUUUCUAUGCUAUUUAUAGAUCAUUUUUAUGACAUAUUCCCACAUUGGAAUCAGAGAGCCAGACAAAUGAAAUUUGGCAGUUUUUGCCAUUGACAAGUUAUGUUGGUGCUACUGAUCUUAAAGAAGAAUCCAUGUCCUCUUUGAAAUUUAACAGGCUGACAAGAGUGAAAUAUACAGGACUAAUAGACCUUGAGUAUAUUUACUUUUGAGCACCUACAUUGAUAUAAUCUCGUCAUCCACCUAUCAAAUGACCCAUUAAUCCAGGCAUAUGCUACUGUAUCCCAAUCAAUGUGGUUUGUGUCGAACGUUACCUCAAAUUUUGGCUGUUAAGUAUAAUGAACCAUAAGGGUGGCCAAAAACUGGUGUAUAACAAUAGUACGACAUUGGACAGCGUUCAGAAUUUGAUUAUUGCAUACAACUUCCUUUUGCCUUAGAAUUCCCGUCUUGACGCUGUUGCUCCACUUGUUACCUGCCUUUACUUUUGUGCAGAAAACGUAUUGAUACUGUUAAGUAUGCACACCAAUUUCUAUUUUUUGAAGAGACCAUAUCGCAUUGCUGUAACUCACCAAAUGUCUUGAAUGUAAUGUUGCUGUUAGUGCCACAAGCUGCUGCUGGAUAGUUACGCUAAGAAAGCAGGAAUAUGCGUAUAAUCAAUGUGCAUGAGUCCACCAGGGUUGGAGUACAUAUUUCAGAUGGAGUUCCACAGUGUGGUUCAUAUUGUUGAGAUGUACAGUCACUUGCUAUAAUUGAUAGCCUCGCAGCUUGGAGAAGAGCACCAUCUAGUGUUUUAAAAGUUUCACACAAGACAAAAACCAUGUACUGAGUCAUCAGUCAAAUCUUUUAACAUUCCUUUAAUUGAAUAAAAUGAAUGCGAGCAAUGAA